UACCUCCCUACUGUAUUUCGCCUUGUUCGAUUUUACUGAGGUAUAGCACAGGGUUACCAGCGAAAGCACGAGUGAUCCGUUACCGCCUCGAUGGCGCGCCGCCCAUCGUUAUGACCGCCAUGGAUGCGUCGCGUCACGCGCGAGUGCGCCUAGCGCCGCAGGACAGAUCGCAGCGAGGCGAUGGCGGCGGGGCGAGUGGUAAGGGCCGCGAGAGGGAGGGGGAGCGGGAGUCGCGCGAGUCGCGGCGGCGGCAGCUGCAGCGGUCGUUGGACGAGGCGCGGAAGCCAUUCGCGGCCGCCCUCGCCGUCGCCUGGAAAGGACCAUCGCCGUCAAUCCUUGCAUCCACGCGUCCUGCUUCAACUGCUGCUGCCACGUGGCAGGCAGCCGGUCCAUGGCAGGACACGUGGCAGUGGCAGUGGGCUUCCUGCGACACUGCCCUGCACAGUCAGCUUCUACGGCUUGCAGCGAUUGCUUGAGUUCGUGGCGACCAACGAGAUGCCUCUGUGGAGUGACGUGGCGUGCCGGCGAGCAGUGAAGGCGAGUGUGGCUGUCUGUUGAAUGGGGGUGAGGUGCAGGGCUCCUGGAUGGGUGCUGCUGGGCGAGGGGGUAGCGAGGGGGGAGUGGGGAUGGAGAGAGGUUAGGGGAAGGGCUAGUGGAUGUGAAAGGCACUUCUUGUGGCGUUCAACAACGUGCCAUUUAUAUGGGUGCAGCAGGUAGUGCAUGCAUGCAUGCCCGUCCACGUCGUCCACCCCUGUUGCCUCGGCUUGUACUGCACGCCAUUGGCUCCCUUGCCCACGUGCAUGCUAUUAUCUAACUCUCCCAAGGCGUCUUCCCUCGUUCACCUUCCCACGUGCGUUCCCUGCCGCCCACCCGUGAGGUGCGAGUCAUGAGUGCUCUCACAGGGGCAGUGCGAAGCCAUCUAUGUGCCUUGGCUUGCCUUGGGGGGGGUACACAGUGGCGGAGUGUCACAGGCGCCGCGUGCACUGCAUGCUGCCGUGGACCACCUCUUGGCUCGCUCUCCUCCUCUUCUCCACUUCGUUGCCCAUUUACCUGCCCUCCUUCGCCCGUCUUACCUUGCCUUUCACUGCAACCAAGCCCCACCCCAUGCCCUUACGCUUGCCCUUCCAUGCCCCCUUGUGCACUUUGUCCGCGCUCUCGCGCCGGUCCCCGCGGAUGAGGUGGCGUUGGGCGCCUGCACUGCCGUCGCUGCCUCCUCCUCAUCCUCCCCUUCAACCCCUCUCUCGCCCACUCACCAACGCCCCCAUACCCGCCCUCCCCUCCUCCCUCCUCGCACUCUCCCCCUCCACGAUCCACCUCCCUUCCCCUCCUUCCCCUCCCCUCUCCCUGCCGCUCGCUUCCGCCUGCCUCACCCCUGCCGUCCUCACCUCGCUGUGGCGCCUCUAUCUGUCGCCCGCCACGCCUGCGCCUGGCACCGCGUGCAGGGAUGGGGGGGAAGGGCGGAAGGCAGGGCCGCUAGGAGGGGGGGUGGUGGGGCGGGCAGCGGAGUGGCUGUGGGGGCCAGCAGGCAGGGGGGAUGGGAGGGGGGUGAUGGGGGGAGGGGGAAUGCGGGUGAGAGGGGGGGAUGGUGGUGUUGGCAGGGCAGGGAAGGACACAAGUGCCAACUGCUACCGCCAUGCUCACAGUGCCACUGCUUCUGCGCCUCUUCCUGCUGCUGCGGCUUCUCACACCGCCGCCCCACCUUCUGCAGGGAGGGAGGAUACGGGGCAGUGCGAGUCAAGAGCACACUGCAGCACGGACAAAAGCAGAGCCCUGGAUUGCAAUACAGAAAACGCCACCACCACCAGCAGCAGCAGCAGGCCUGCCUGCCAGCACAGAGCGCCCUGGGAGGCGCGGAGGCCAGCAGCGGUGGCGGCAGUGCUGCACGUGCUGCAGCUGCUCGCGCACCGCUGGCCGCCCGCCCUCUCAGAGAUCACGAGAGAGCUCCUCCCGCUGCAGCGGUGGCCUUUUGGCUGGCAGUCAAGAGAGUGCAGGUGGGGGGGGAGGAGCGACUGGAGGGCACACAGUGGAGAGGGUGUGGCGCAUGGCACAGGUGGUGGGCGUGGCAGCGGCGAGCGGCGGCCACGCGGAUGAUGGUGCGGUGGCGGAAGCAGCAUUGAGCCUUCUCAACGUCAUGGCACAGGACUCCUCGGUGUGCCACAUGCUGCUGCGGCCGCCUCUUGACCUCCUCCCAGCUCUCGCCCGCCAUCUCACGCCCUCCCCAUCUUCCCGCUCCUCCUCAUUCUCCUCCCCCUCCUGCACCUUCCUCAUCGCCUGUCCCGCGUGCUGCCAAGCCGCCCUCGCCCUCGUGCGAGCACUUGCGAGCCACCCGUCCUUCGCUGCUGCCUGCCGUCAUGCAUCUCCCUCCCCCACUGCUGCUGCCACUGCCACGACUGCGUCGCCCCUCACAUCCCUCCUCGCCUUCUCCCUGCGAGCAGCCCUCGAACGCCUCCCCCUCCCUCCCUGCCACUGCUCCCACCCUCCUUCGCUCCGCCUCAUCUCAUCUGCCUCUUUCCCUGCCAGCUCAGCGCACGAUGACUCAGCAGCCAGCCAUGUGGCAGCAGCUGGCUGGCAGACUGCAGCAAGUGUCUUGCGCUGGCCGGGCACCCAUCAUGACCCGGCCGUGCUGUGGGCGGUGCACUUGUCUGCAUCUGCGUUGAUGCAUGCCCUGUUGGGCAGCGAGGUGGAAGGAGAGUCAGAAUGUGGAGAGGCGAGCAGCGGAGGGGCGGUG